AUGUCUGGCACAGCGGCUGGAUAUGAUUUAUCUGUGUCUACGCUGUCCCCCGAUGGUCACGUUUUCCAAGUGGAAUACGCGACCAAGGCCGUCGACACGGCACCAACAGUUGUGGGAGCCGUUUGCAGCGACGGGAUAGUUUUCUUGGCGGAUUCAGUGCUAUGCGGAUAUACAAAUGAUGAAAAUGUAAGUCGUAAUGUAUUACAGGCCCGCCCGGUGCUUCGUUUGUAUGCUUUGGACGAGGGUGUGGGCUGUGCGAUCACAGGUAUGAUUCCUGACGCCCAGUGCAUUGUACGACGCGCAAAGGCCGAAUGCAAGUCUUUUUUUGAGGAGUACGGGGUAAAGAUUCCUAUAUCACUGCUGGCCGAACGCGUUGCUCUGUUUGUCCAUGCUUACACGCUAUAUUGGCACGUACGCCCUUUUGGGGCGUCGACGAUAUUGUCUGGUGUAGACAGUAAUGGUGAAAAAUCUCUAUACUGCAUCGAACCCAGCGGAGCGUGUUACAAGUACACUGGGAUGGCCAUAGGAAAAUGCAAACACCUUGUGAAGACAGAGAUGGAGAAGUUGAAUUUAUCGGGCAUAAACUGCCGUGAUGCUCUGAGAGAGUUGUCUCUGGCGAUAAUGAUUGGCCGUGAUGAGGACUCCGGCAAAACAAACGACAUACAGAUGGCGUGGAUAUGCCUUGAAAGCAAUGGUGUCUUUCAGAUGGUACCAGAUGAGGUGGUUAAGGAGACCAAGUGCGAUGCGUCGAGACGUCACGCGACUAUACACGGCCACUGA